UAAUAAUAUGAUAAUAGUAACUUAUUUUUGGAUCCUAUAUUGCUCAUCUUUUAACUGCAGUAUGUUUGUGCCUAUAUUUCUUUCUCAGUAUCUAUAGACAGUUCUGCUUUCUUUCUGUACAGACUGGUGCCAUAUGAGUUUGUUCUAGCAGAAUGGGAAAAUCCUCCCUCUUCCUCUACCUAAAAACAAAACAAAACACAUAAUAAUAGCACCCACUCUCUGUAAACUUCUAAAGAAAAUUAUAUAAAAUUAAAUAAAUUGUCCUAGCUGGUUUGGCUUAGUGGAGAGAGUGUUGGGCUGUGGGCUUAAGAGCCCCGGGUUCGAGUUUGAUCAAGGGCAUGUGCCCGGUUUGCGGGCUCCAUCCCCAGUAGGGGGCGUGCAGGAGGCAGCCAAUUAAUGAUUCUCUCUCAUCAUUGAUAUUUCUAUCUCUGUCUCCCUCUCCCUUCCUCUCUGAAAUCAACAAAAAUAUAUUUUAAAAAAUAAUAAAUGAACUAAAUAAAAUCAAAGUGGCACCGUUAGUGUUACCAGCCUCCAUCACGCUGUAGCCAUAGGUUUUAGAGUGAAAGCCACAGGGGGAUGAGCCAUUUCCCAUUCGUAGACAAUUCUGCCUCUACAAGAGGACACAGUCUGGGAGAUUUUAUUGGUGUAGAGUUCAUUACCUUGUAGCAGAACCAGGCACGGACUUGUUAGGAGAAGACAAGGCAGUGGCUUCUCGGGAAGAUGAAUGCUCACAAAGACUUUGUAUCCUCUGGAUGCCAUCCACUUCUCAUCACCAUGACAACCUACACAACCAAUGGGACAGGACAAACUGGUGCCGGAAACAACUGGGCAAAGGGGCAUUACACAGAAGGAGCAGAGCUGGUGGAUUCGGUGCUCGACGUGGUGAGGAAAGAGUGUGAGCACUGUGACUGCCUGCAGGGCUUCCAGCUGACCCACUCCCUGGGAGGGGGCACAGGGUCAGGCAUGGGCACGCUGCUCAUCAGCAAAAUCCGGGAGGAGUAUCCCGACAGGAUCAUGAACACCUUCAGCGUCAUGCCCUCCCCCAAGGUCUCGGACACGGUGGUGGAGCCCUACAAUGCCACCUUGUCAGUCCACCAGCUGGUGGAGAACACGGAUGAGACCUACUGCAUCGACAACGAGGCCCUGUACGACAUCUGCUUCCGCACCCUGAAGCUGACCACGCCCACCUAUGGGGACCUCAACCACCUGGUGUCGGCCACCAUGAGUGGGGUCACCACCUCGCUACGCUUCCCGGGCCAGCUCAAUGCUGACCUCCGCAAGCUUGCGGUGAACAUGGUCCCUUUCCCCCGCCUUCACUUCUUCAUGCCCGGCUUUGCCCCCCUGACGGCCAGAGGCAGCCAGCAGUACCGGGCCCUGACAGUGCCCGAACUGACUCAACAAAUGUUCGAUGCCAAGAAUAUGAUGGCGGCCUGUGAUCCAAGACAUGGGCGCUACCUGACCGUGGCCACCGUCUUCCGGGGCCCCAUGUCCAUGAAGGAGGUGGACGAGCAGAUGCUGGCCAUCCAGAACAAGAACAGCAGCUACUUCGUGGAGUGGAUCCCCAACAACGUCAAGGUGGCCGUGUGCGACAUCCCUCCCCGGGGCCUCAAGAUGGCCUCCACCUUCAUCGGCAACAGCACGGCCAUCCAGGAGCUGUUCAAGCGCAUCUCGGAGCAGUUUUCUGCCAUGUUCCGCCGGAAGGCCUUCCUGCACUGGUUCACGGGCGAGGGCAUGGAUGAGAUGGAGUUCACAGAAGCGGAGAGCAACAUGAACGACCUGGUGUCUGAGUACCAGCAAUAUCAAGAAGCUACGGCCAACGAUGGUGAAGAAGCUUUCGAAGACGACGAAGAGGAGAUCAACGAAUAGAGGCGCGCCCCUGUCUCACAUACGACAAUUCAGACUUUCUUGCUUUAACUCAGAUGUGUCUUAACUGCAAUGGCUGUUCAAUGAUGCACUGGCCUAAAUAUAUGGGUGCAGGCCCCUCCCAAAUGCAAUAAAAUUGUACUCUCGGUCAUCUAGAACAAAGAAAGUACAUUAAAAUAGCAGAGAAUUGGCAGUCCUCCCCAUUCAGAUCAGAUGAGGGACAUUUUCUACUGGAGGACUUAAAAGAACUUAUGGGCCAUCAGUUAAGGGCUAAGUGAAUAAACCUCACCUUCUAUCAAGUGUUCAACCAUGUCUGAGAAUUAGCAGGGAAGUUAGAAACAGUAUUUUUUCAUCCUUUGUGAAUUGAAGCUGUGCCGUGUUGCCUUAUCUUGAAUAUGCAAUAUUGAACCUUUGAAACAGCUUGUUCGUAAUAAAACACUAAAACUGUU